AGUCCGGCGACGCUGAUCUGUACAGGAGAAGGUGCAUCUUAGCAGUGCAGCAGGCGUGUGGUCUGAUCUGCAUCCAUCUAAGUUGCGCCAGCCAGAUCUAUCUGUCAUCAUGCCCACAGUGAGUGUGGUGCGGGACGAGCUGUUCGCCCACCUGGGGGAAACACUCAGUAAGCAAAGCAAUCAAUGCAGUGAAUCAAUGAGGCCCACCACACGACACGACACGAUCAACGGAUCCAGCCGGCACAUGAUGGAUGUCUGCGUCUGCAGCUGACAAGGAGUUUGACCAGCUGUGCUUUGACUUCGGCAUCGAGCUCGAUGAAGUGGUCAGUCAGUCACACAAACACACACACAUACACACAUGUUUCGCUGUCCUUUGCAGACCUCAGCACAGGAGUUGGCUCGGAAGGAGAAGGGCGACAGUGCGGCGGGCAGCGAGGAACAGCAGCAGCAGAAUGGCGAUGCGGGUGUCAACGGUGCCGCUGGUGUGGCCGAUGACGUCAUUUACAAGAUAGAAGUGCCGGCCAACAGGUGAGUCAGUCAGCCAGCUGACAGAGAGCGUGUGUCCAUCGUCGUCGUCUCUCUCUCUCUCUCUCUGUGUGUGCGUGUGUGUGCAGGUACGACCUGCUGUGUGUGGAGGGUAUCAGCAAGGCACUCAGGGUACGUGGGCCAAUGGGGGAGGGAGGGAGGGAGGGGCCUGCCCAUCCAUCCAUCCAUCCAUUGAGAUCGGGUGUCUGUCUGUCUGUCUGUCUGGGUCAUGUAGGUGUUCAAGCAGAAGGAUGACCCGCCCGUCUUCACCCUCGAGCCCUCACAGCCAAACCCUGACCUCAAAAUCACAGUCGAGCCACAGGUAUGUAUCACACACACACACACACAGACCCGCCAUCCAUCCAUCCACUCAUCCACUCAUCCGUGUGUGUGUCAUUCAUUCACGCAUGUGUGUGUGUGCUGCUGCAGACGGGCCAGGUGCGGCCGUACAUAGUGGGUGCGGUGCUGCGGGGCGUGUCGUUCACGCCGCAGAUGUACGCCAGCUUCAUCGACCUCCAGGACAAACUGCACCACAACAUCUGCAGGCGGCGGACGCUCGUGGCCAUCGGCACACACGACCUCGACACCCUCAAGGGUCAGUCAGUCAGGGAGAAUGUCAUGUCGGUCGACACACGAGCAAGAACAAGACAGCACAGCACAGCGCAUUGCUCACAGAGAGGGUGUGUGUCAAUGAAUGGUGUGUGUCAACAGGUCCGUUUCGGUACCGUGCGUUGCCGCCGAGUGAGAUCCAGUUUGUGCCGCUCAACCAGACGGAGAGCGUCGACGGCAACCAACUCAUGGCCAUGUAUGAGGUAGGGAAAGAAACACAGCCAUCCGUCCACACAUCCAUCCAUCCACACUGACAUCCACCCACCCAUGUGCUGUUUGUCUGUCUGUCUGUUUGUCUGUCUGUCUGUGCAGUCGCACCAGCAGCUCAAGGCGUACCUGCCCAUCAUUCGGGACAGCCCCGUCUACCCCAUUAUCUAUGGUAGUUGCACGUAAUGCCAUCUGUUGCCAUGGGAAGGAACGAUGGGCGUGUGUGUGCAUGUGUGUGUGUGUGUGUGUGUGUUUCCUUGUGGCAGAUUCUGAUGGUGUGGUGCUGUCCCUGCCGCCCAUUAUCAACGGCGACCACUCCAAAAUCACACUCAACACCAGAAACAUCUUCAUCGAAUGCACCGCGGUUCGUGCGAAAUUCUCUUCCUUGCUUGUAUGUGUGUGUGUGUGUGUGUGUGACGCUCUCCUCUCUCGUGUGAGUCGUUCAGACGGACCUGACGAAGGCCCAGAUCGUCAUCAACACGCUCGUAGCCAUGUUUUCACCCUACUGCGCCAAACCAUACAAGUAAGUAACAAAAGCCUGGAGUGACACCGAGCGAGACACACACACACACGGGACACAGCAGACAGACAGACGAGAGUGUAUAUGUAUGGUGACACCACAACACACUGACUGACUGACUGACUGACACCAGGAUCGAGCCGGUGCUGGUCGAGUACGAGCCGUCUCACCCCAAGAUGGCGGGCGGACAGACCAGGACAUACCCCUCAGUCGACAGGUAGGUCUGUUUGUGUGUGUGUCACUCAUCCACCCAACCAACCAACCAACCACACGUGUGUAUAUCUCUCUCUCUCUGCGUGUGGCAUCCAUCCAUCCAUCUCGCAGCCGUCCAGUGGAGGCGAACGUGUCGUACGUGCAGAAGCUGGUGGGCGUGACAGACAGCGCACUGAUGGGCCCCGACCGCAUCUGCCAGCUGCUCAAGCGGAUGUCCAUACCAUCGGAGAGGCUGUCGGACGACACUGUCAGGUGUCACGUGCCCAUCACACGCAGUGGUACGCAUCCCAGUGCAUCUGUGUGAAUAAGGAGCAGGAGGCACGUGAUGUGCUCGCUGGUGGAUGGAUGGGAGGGACGGGUGGGUGACGUUCAGAUGUGCUUCACGCGUGUGACUUGGCCGAGGAUGUGGCCAUUGCUUAUGGAUACAACAAGUGGGCACACACCGACACACCGACACACCGACACACCGACACACCGACAGACAGACAGGCGAACCAACGGGGCAGCACCAUGGUCCCCUCCCUCUGUGUCCGUGUGUGUGUGUGUGUGUUUUAGCGUCAAGGCAGAGAUCCCCCCCACCCUGGCGUGGCCGAGCGAACAGCCCAUUGGACACCUGUCAGGUACCUGAGUGAUUGAUUGACGCAGCGCAGCGCAGCCCACACACACGCCACAGCCAGAGAUCUAUGACACUCGGUGAUGCUGGUCUGGACUGUCUGGUCGGGCUGUCUGGACAGAUUUGAUCCGCCACGAGUUCGCUCAAGCGGGCUUCAACGAGUGUCUCACCUGGGGACUGGUACAAAACACAACACAACACAACACAAUGCAAUACAAUACACAGGCGGGCACUGCUCCGCCCACCCCCCCGCAGAUCUCAUCUCACCCUCUCUCCCUCUGUGCUGUGUGAGUGUCAGUGUUCGAGCCGGGAGAACUUUGAGUGUAUGCGGCGGACGCCGCGGGCUGACGAGGACGCCGACCUGCAGGAGGCCAACCUGCACAUAUAUCAGGUGCGUACGCUACGCGGGGGUGGCGGGGCGGGGCGUGGCGCUGUUUGGGUGCUGGUCAGUCAGGUCAACAAACACAACGGUAGACCUUCCUAUCUGUCCUGUGUGUUGUCUGCCUGCCUGCCUGCCUGUGCCCCGCCCCGCAGUAUGACGCCUUCGCGCGCCCAGUGAGGCUGUCAAACCCAAAGACCAAAGAAUUCGAGGCAAGCCAAUGCCCUCCUACCACACACACAUACACACACACACACACACACAGACGCACACACAGACGCACGUGUGUGUCGGUGCCUCCUUCCUCUCUCUUGGUUGGUUCAGGUGGUGCGGACGUCGCUGUUGCCGAUGCUGCUCAAGACGCUGGCGGCCAACAAGAAGUCGCCCCUGCCCAUCAAGCUCUUCGAGGUCUCAGAUGUGGUCGUCAUUGACAAAUCCACACCCACUGGUCCGUUCGUUCGUUCGUUCGUUCGACCAGGGCAUGGCAGGGCAGGGCAGGGCAGGGCAGGGCAGGAGAGAACUAAGACGUCUGAUCUGACUGACGUGUGUCUGUCUGUCUGUCUGUGUGUCUGUGCUGACUGCAGGUGCGAGGAAUGUCCGCCGAGCCGCGGCGCUUUAUUCCAAUCUCACCUCGGGAUUUGAGGUCAGUCACAUCACUCACACGACAUUUAUGACGUUGCGACACAAUACAACACACACCCCACCGCAAUGCAACAACCCCAUGUCCGUCUGUCUUUGUUUGCUGCCUACCGGCCAGGUGAUCCACGGUCUCAUGGACCUGAUCCUGUCGAAGCUCUCCCUCACGGCCGCCUACAACCGCCCAGACGCCACGCCUCCCCCCACCCUACAGCACCAGCAGCAGCAGCAGCAGGUGGUGGAUGGUGUCAACGGCCACCACCACGUGGCGGCCAACCCUGGGCCACCCGGUGGCCCUGACUACCCGGCCAAGACCUACUACCUCAGGCCAUCCAAUGGUGUGUCUGCUGUGGGUGGGUGUCUGGCAGGGGAGAGGACAGACAGACAGAUGGAUGUGUGUGUGUGUGCAGACACGGCGUUCUUCGAGGGCCGGCAGGCUCACAUAGUGGUGGGUGAGGUGGUCAUAGGUGUGGUCGGUGUGGUGCAUCCGGCGGCGCUAAAGGGAUUCGCCAUCGACACACCCGGUCAGUCGGUCGGUCAGCACGCUGACCACACAACAACAUCAGCACGGUGGUGGGUCGGGUCGGUACAAGGAUGCGUGUGUGUGUGUGUGUGUGUUCAGUGUCUGCGAUGGAGAUCAACCUGGAGCCUUUCAUGGAGUGGCUGGCGCAAUGAAGGGGAGAAGGAAUGCAGUCAGGCCAUGGCUGGCUGCUGAGCUGACUCACUCGCAGACCCCUUUUGAUCCAUCCAUCCAUCCACACGUGUGUGUGUGCGUGUGUGUGUGUGUGGUGCAUGCGACUGACUCGCAUGACGAUGACAUUCCGGCAGCGAGACACCAUCAUGCUUCAGAGACACCACACCCACAUGACAUACCAUGCACUCAUUGAUGCUUUAUGAUUUAUUGACUGACUGAACUCAAUAUUGAGCCGUGCGACCAUGA